GAUGACCGGCACCCACUUCCGGUCAGCCAUUGUUCUUUUUAUCCCUCCGUGAAUGGCGGAGGUCUUCUGUCCUGUGCCCUGCCCUUUCCUCUCCCUCCCGGUUGGGACCCUGGAGGUCGCUCAAUCGCUGUUCCUUGUGAUGUCAUCCCAGGCCUGAGAUAUACAAGACAAAGUUCUGAGACUAGAAGUACAGUCAGGGACUUUGGCUGAUUGAGUUUCAGCUGCAGCCAGGUUCUGGUAAGAGGCUGUGAUGACUGCAGAGGUGAGGAAAGCCAAGUGUCUGGCCCCUAAGCUCUUGGGCAUCCAGGAGGAGAGGGACAAAUCCCAGGGACCCAGAUCAAACUUGCCGCAGGACAGCCAGAUGAGCUGUGAUAUCUUUAGGCAACACUUUCGGCAACUGUGUUACCAUGAUACCUCUGGGCCACAGGAGGCCCUGAGUCAACUGCGUGACCUUUGUGGAAGGUGGUUGAGGCCAGACAUGAACACAAAGAUGCAGAUCAUGGAGCUGCUGGUGCUGGAGCAGUUCAUCACCAUCCUGCCUGGGGAGAUGCGCACCUGGGUGCAGUUGCAUCGUCCAGAAAGUGGAGAGGAGGCAGUGGCCAUGGUGGAGGACUUCCAGAGACAUUUUAAUGGACCAGCACAGAAGGAUUUGGUGACAUUUGAGGAUGUGUCAGUGGACUUCGCCAAGAAGGAAUGGAAGAGUUCAGCAGCUGCUCAGAGAUUCUUUCGAGAUUUGAUGCUGGAGAAUUACCGGGAUGUAGUAUCACUGGGAUUUCCAUUUUCGAAACCUACAGGGAUCUCACAGAGUGAGGAAGAACCAUGGGGUCUAAAUCAUCAGGGACCUCUGGACUUGGAAGAUGGGAAAAGUACCUGUACAGAAGGUGAUAAUGCUACUGAGAAUGAGGAGUCUACUUCAAAGCAAGAAAUUUUUGGUGAGUCAGAAUCACAUAAUAGUUCAUCAGAACAUCUCCAGAGGGAUAUUUUCCAGGCGUCUCAAAGUGGAGAAGCAUGUGAAAGGGAAAGCGUGUUAGAGCAGCAACAAGGAACACUCCCAGAGGAAGAUAUUCAGAGAAUUGAUAGUGAUUUUAUGGAAGUGAUAGUCCAGAAUAAGAAAAUCCCUAUUAAAGAGAGAGAUGAGAAAUGUAAAGACUUUUGGAAAAGUUUUAGUCUUGUCUCAAACCCUGUUACACAUGAGAAAAUUCCAAGAGGACAGAAAUCGUAUCAGUGUAAUGAAUGUGGCAAAUACUUCAAUAGGAGCUCACACCUUAUUGGCCACCAGAGAAUUCACACCGGAGAAAAACCUUAUGAAUGUAGUGAAUGUGGGAAAAGCUUCAGACAGACUUCUCAGCUUAUUGUACAUCUGAGAAUCCACACAGGUGAGAAACCUUAUGAAUGUAAUGAGUGUGGAAAAGCUUACCGUCACAGUUCACAUCUCAUUCAUCACCAGAGACUCCACAAUGGUGAAAAACCUUAUAAAUGUAAUGAAUGUGUGAAAGCCUUCACUCAGAGCUCUCAACUUAUUGAUCAUCAGAGAAUCCAUACUGGUGAGAAACCUUAUGAGUGUAACAUGUGCGGUGAAGCUUUUAGUCGGAGUAAAAGCCUUAUUCGACAUCAGAUACUUCACACUGGGGAGAAACCUUAUAAGUGUAAUGAAUGUGGGAAAGCCUUCUGUUCUAAUAGGAACCUUAUUGAUCAUCAAAGAACUCACACUGGAGAGAAACCUUAUCAGUGUAAUGAGUGUGGCAAGGCCUUUAGCAGGAGCAAAUGCCUUAUUAGACAUCAGAACCUCCAUACUGGGGAAAAACCUUACAAAUGCAGUGAGUGUGGGAAGACCUUCAGUCAAGGUUCUCAACUUAUUGACCAUGAGAGAAUUCACACUGGAGAGAAACCUUUUGCUUGUAGUGAGUGUGGCAAGGCAUUUAGCCUGAGCAAGAGCCUUAUUCGACAUCAGAGACUUCAUACUGGAGAGAGACCUUAUAAAUGCAAUGAUUGUGGAAAAUCCUUCAAUCAGAACUCGCACCUCAUUAUACAUCAGAGAAUUCAUACUGGGGAGAAACCCUACGAAUGUAAUGAAUGUGGGAAGGUUUUCAGCUAUAGCUCAAGCCUUUUGGUACAUAAGAGAACCCACACUGGGGAGAAGCCUUAUGAAUGUCAUGAUUGUGGAAAAGCUUUCAGUGACAGCUCACAACUAAUCGUACAUCAGAGAAUCCACACUGGGGAGAAACCGUAUGAAUGUAAGGAAUGUGGGAAAGCCUUCAGUCAGCGUUCAACUUUUAACCAUCAUCAGAGAAUUCACUCUGGAGAGAAACACUCAGCUUUGGUCCACUCAGUCUUUUAGUUUGUUGCUCAUAAUGGAGAACAACAGAAAACAACAGAACAACAAAAGAAAAACCUCACUCUUGUUUUCAGAUGAAAACCCUAAUUCUAAUUGAUCCAAAAUCUCAAAAAUGUUUGCUUUUGUUUCACUGGGAGAUCUGGUGUGAAAUUGUGGAUGUCUUGGUCACACUAGUGGAAAGUCGACAACAUGUUAACUUUAUCACUCAUGGUUUCCUUUGUAAAUCUCUCAAAUCCAUUCUUUGUUUCUGUUUUAUCUCCCUAAGCACAUUUUAAGCUCUGCAAGGCAAGUCUUCCUUAAUUCAGACUGCUCUCCUUUACUGCCUACAUCAAACACUUCUUUGAUUUACUUUGCCUUGUCUCUUGGCUACAUGUCUGUUUCCUUCUAUUUCUCCCCUAUAUUCUCCCCUAUUAAAUAUACGUUUAGUAUAUUUAAUUAAACUUUAUUAAAAUGGGUGAUCCCUGAAGGUGGUCUCCUCUAUCAGACAGGGAGCUGUGCAAGAGUUGGGGUGUUACCUCCUUUUCUUCCUCCCCUGAAGUAGUACUUUUUCCUCUUUUCAUUCCCUGCUCUCCAGGUUCUUUAGAUUGGCGCCCCAAAUCUAUAUUCUGGUACAAACAUUCUUCCAUUUUCUUUCUCAUACUGGUGAGUCUUCAGUGUUUUUAAGUCUAUGCUUUUUUUUUGUGUCACUACAUCAAAUAUCUGUAAUUUUGUCUGUGACACCUACGGAUUGCAACUUACCUGAAAUUUAACAGAUAUCUUAGAGCAUUUUGUGAUGAUCUGAAAUUAAGUGACUUGCCCGAGAACACAGUGUCAAGAGGCAGGAUUUGAACUAGGUUUUCCUGAUCCCAAGUCCAGCCUUAUCCACUACCAUGCUUAUCAUUUGACCCAACCAACAUUGAUAAUUUGCCAUGUAAUUAUUAUAUUUUUUACCCCAGUUGGAGUGUAGGUUCUCUGAUGGCAGGGACUACCCCUCUCCCAUCAUACUUAAGCAACAAUUGACAAUAAAUAUCCUCAAUAGACAUUUUAAUAUUAAUAUAUGAUAUAGCUAAUAUUGUGGUUAUCUAGUGACCGGCUCUGCAUUUACAUUAGACUAGGACCUUUAUGAGGGUGAAUGAUGUUUCCUCCCUCAUCUGCUAAGAUGUGUUUAUGUGUGGAGUGGUCACAAGGGAUAAACUGGCCUUUAUGGGAAAGAACCUUACCUUAUUUUUAUUGUUAUUAUUUUUCAAAAUUUAUUUACCUUAUCUUUUAUUACCUUCUUGUCCUUGCCUUAUUUUAUAGAGCACUUUGGAUGUUCUGUGUCAUUGUCCAUUGUUAUAACCCCAGACACUUAAUAAUGAUAGGUGAAUUAACUAGAUAAAACAUGGGCCCUACUUUGAUGGAGCCUAUAGAUUUGUAGAGGGAUAAGACACAUACAGAACUGCAAUAACCAAUACUCCAACCAAAGUAGUGAGUGCUCUAGAGAAGGGGACAGUAUUGAUUUAGCCAGAGGCAACUGGCCAGCAGGCAUGUGAAAUUCCCAAGUGCCUCAAAACCAAAUUAAAAUAUAUUUGGGAAAGUUUAACAAGAUAGAUAACAAUACACCACAGUGGUAACAAGUGGCCUUCUAAGUCAAUAUGUGACUCACAGACAGGGAUCCAAUUCUACUUGUGUUUGAUAUGGCUGCUUUAGAUAGUAGCAAAGUCAAUUAAAUUUACAUUUACAAGUAAGCUUAAAGAUCUUUAUCUUGUAGAUAACUAUUAUUUUUCUGAUAUUCUGUCUUCUGUUUUUGUCUAUGACUCCUGUUACAAGCUAAGUAGAUGCUGAUCCUGGUUUUACUUUCUUCUCUUUUCAUUAUUCCAUAUUUCUUCACUUAGAUUUAUCUUCCUCAGGGGAAUAAGUGGUAUUUUUUCUGCUGUUUCCAUGGCAAUAUUUUCUGCUCAUGAGGUGCAGUAGUUAUGUCUGUCUGCCUAGUUGGAUACAAAUAACGAAUUUAUGAACAGACCAAGUUAAAGCACAAGCGAAAUCCUUUGUGUUCAUCAUUUCUGUGUCUUUUCCCCCAGACUGAAAGGCUGAAGGAGAACAGUUACUUUGCAUAUUCAGACUGUUUUUAUCUUGCCAAUGUGGGAACUUGUUAUUCUUGAUAAUACCUGUUUGUAAUGGGAUUUAUUUUUCUUGCUUUCUUGGUGUAGGGAGAGGGGGAAGGUGAGCAGAGAAUAUAUUGUUUCCUAACCACUGCUGAGGCUUUAGCUUCUGCCCCCCUAUGAUGGCUGAGAGUAUUGAUGAAGAGAUAUCCAAUAGGUCUGGACUCAGUAGAACAGAAGAGUGAGGCCUUCACCACAUGAUGAUACCACUUUUGAUCCAUGACAUUUGUUGCCAAAACAGAAUAUAAACUAAAACCUUUUCUUUUUUUAAGGUGUAUUUCAUUUUACCCUAGAAAGCAAAAGAAAGUAGUGGGUAAAUAUCAAAAAGUGUCAAAUUUGGAUUAGAAUUGAUUCCAGGAAAAGCUUCCUAACAAAGUUAUGCUAAAGUGUAAUUAGGAGGAGGUUCUCCCCUUUUGGAGAUAUUCAGAUGGAGGCUGGAAAUCCAUUUGUUGAAUAUGUUAUAGUAGUUUUCUUUUUGCAACUAAAUCAAAAGAGUGUUUUUGUCCUGCCUUCCUCUCUCUAUCCUCCCUGCCUCCAUGGUCUUAUGUAAGUUACAUUAUUAUGGUUGGUGACCCAUAUUUUCUGGACCUAAAAUCAGGUCCAUCAGCUGUCUGUGCAAUAAAUGUGGGAGUUAUAUUAGCUCUGUAUUUUUUAAAUCAUUGCCACCUCCAAGCAUUAAUAUACAUCUUUUUUGAUGUAGAGACCAGUACACCCACAUUUUUGGGAGGAAUUUGUUAUCCAGUCUAUGACUCUACUUACUUUGUGACUGUUAAUGUCUGACUUGACUCAGAACUCAGAAAAAAUCAGUAUCAGUGUCUACUAGGUCCAUUUACUUCUUUAAGGCAUUUCAUUUGUAGAAUGGUACAGACUCACUUUGACAAGGAUACAAAAUGGCCCCCAGUCCUUCUGCUACAGUAGUCAAGUGCCCCAAAAGGGAGCAGAAGGUCAUAAAACAGAUUCUUUGGUGUUGCUGCUUUUUCACCCGUUGUUCCUGAUUCUGCCUUUCUGGGGAACAUUCUCUACAUGGUAGCUCCACUGACUACUUGAAGGCUGCUAGUGUCAAACAAAGGCUUAUAGGUUUUGAGCUCCACACCCACUCUCUACCCUCAGGCCUCUUUUUAUUUUUAACAGUUUGUCUUGCUUCUCACUGAAUGACAUCAUCAUUAAGACUGAAUUGAAACAAACCUAAUUCCAGAAGAUAUUUGGGUCCCAGAAACACAUUUAUGUAACUAAAUGAAUUCAGGUUAAUCUGAGUGUCUACAAGGCAAUUUCAGUAUUUAAAAAACUUGAUUUUUGACCCCACUCCGCAUAUAUAAAACUGAAUCAGAAGUAGUCAGGUACCUUGUUAACCUGAGGUAGUAUUGUGUAUUCAACAGGAUCAAAAGCAACCCGGUUCAAGUCUCAACUCUGUACUUAACACCCUUGUGAGAUAAAAUGUUCCGUCAAUUAAAUGAACAAGUUCAAUUCUAAGUCUUUAGUAAGGACUUCUUCAAAGUAUAAUGAUUGUCAUUCCAUUUUUACAAUCAAUUCUUUUAUUUUUGGGUAACAUUCAAGCAGUGAUUUAUGAACUGUCAGGCCAAAUGUCUGAUGGCUAUCAAAAUAACCUAUUUUUCUUACGAGAUAUCUGUAAGUCCAGGCCAAUGACCCUCUGUUUUCUAAAAUAAAAUUUUUUGAUCUUGUUUUUUGGACCUUUUUAUGAAGUUGCAGUUUAAAAUAUGCUCUGCAAAUAAUCUCCUAAGGCUGCUAGGCCAAUUCUGUGUAUUAAGUUCUUAACAUGUAGCACUAAUCAGGAACACCAACAGAAAAGCUCAACCAUCUCCAAGAGAUGUUUCAUUCCCCUCAAAAAUAUUGCUAAUUUAUAAUUCAAUAAUGUCUUAAUAGCUUAUUGCCAUAACUUAAGGCUUGUAGAGAUUUUCACCCCUAGCUAAGUUUUGGCUAAUUAUAGAUUUUACAU